UAUUUUUCAUUUUGUCUUUUCCUUGUUUAGCAGUUCAGCCCUUUUCUCUGGUUAUCAUUUGUCUUCCCCUUGUUUAUCAGUCCGUACUCAACCGCUUCAUCUUCAGGGGAGUGGCAUCCAUGGCUACCAAAAUCUCCUUCACUCCAACCCACAACUUCCCUCCGAGACUUGGAAAUUUCGCGAAGUACCCACAAACCAUUCCUCUCUACCCACUUCAGCCGCUGAAUGUUUCUCACAGAAACUGCAAUCUCAAAGCAGGUUCAGGCUCAGCUGCAGCAGCAAAAGUUCAAGCUUUGAAGGAAGACUUGAUUGAGUCAUUGAAUUCGGACGCUUCUGCUGAUUCCGCGACUGCAUCAUUUCCUUCUUCCUCGAAACUCGUCCUCGUUGUUGGCGGCUCCGGCGGUGUGGGGCAGCUGGUUGUGGCAUCGCUGCUUACCCGGGGAAUCAAAUCGCGGCUGUUUCUGCGUGAUCCUGAGAAGGCAACUGCACUCUUUGGGGUUCAAGAUAAUGAGAAAUUGGAGGUACUUAAGGCGGACACUAGGAAUUCUGCGGAUCUCGAUCCAUCCAUGUUCGAGGGAGUCACACAUGUGAUCUGUACCACAGGGACGACAGCUUUUCCUUCGAGGCGAUGGGAUGGAGAUAAUACACCAGAAAGAGUGGAUUGGGAAGGCGUAAGGAAUCUCGUUUCUGCUCUACCCCCAUCCGUUAAGAGGCUUGUUCUUGUUUCAUCAGUUGGUGUAACCAAGUUCAACGAGCUACCUUGGAGCAUUAUGAAUCUUUUUGGUGUGCUCAAGUACAAGAAGAUGGGGGAGGACUUUGUUCGCAAAUCCGGACUUCCAUUUACCAUAAUCAGACCGGGGAGAUUAACAGAUGGGCCAUACACGUCAUACGAUUUGAACACUCUCCUGAAAGCUACUGCUGGUGAGCGACGUGCAGUUAUCAUUGGCCAAGGAGAUAAACUCGUUGGAGAAGCAAGCAGACUUGUGGUGGCUGAAGCUUGCAUUCAGGCAUUGGACAUUGACUUUACUGAAGGCAAUGCCUACGAGAUCAGCUCAGUUGUGCGUCUGGUUUUGUGCAGGGAGAAGGUCCAGGAAGUGAUCCACAGAAAUGGAGGGAUUUGUUCGAAGCUGCCCAAAACCAGUGAAUUCUAUUCCUCCGCCGACAUGACAUGUGUGUAUAGGUACUAAAUACCCUGCAAGUUGUCUGCUGUAAGUAAUGUUUCUCUUUUGUUGUUCUUUCUGGUGCCCCUGAACUCAAAAUCAUAUCCAGAAGCUGAUCCCAUUUAAGUCAAAAGAACGAGGAUUGAUCGGGAGUUGAAACACCUCGAUAACGUGAAGAUUCGUGCACCAAAUCCCUCGAUGGAUUUGCACCAAAUCAUCUGUUUGGAUAAUCUAAAGUGACAACAGAAUAACAGAUGUGUGAACUCUAUAUACCUCGAGAUUUCAUCUGUAUAUAUUAACGAUUCAGCAUCCAAACAAGCCUCGACAGUUCAUUCCCCAUAGAACAGCAAAUUAUUGCUUUACAGACAUUUUUAAACACUAACAAUAAUAGUAAGAAGAACGGCAGAAAGUAAUCAGUAAAGUCCCCUCCACCCUCCUCCUAACUUUGACAAACUAUGCCUGUAAAUUUGCCUCCUUUUCUCCCAUUUCCUUCUCCGGCGGCUGGCGGGUACCUACAAUCCUCUUCCAGAACCAAUGAUUCUCAAACAGGAGGUAAACCUCCUCAAUCGGAACCCUCUUCGUCUCCGGCAGCAGCAGCACAAUGAACACCGUCAUCACCAAGAUGAGCCCAGCAAACAGCAAGAAGAUCCCGUACCGGAGAUGGCAGAGCGCCACCAGAAAGCACUGAGCAAUCAGCGCGGUGAAGAUCAUGUUGACGCAGACCACCACGCUCUGCCCGGCCGACCUCGUCUCCAAUGGAAACAGCUCGCUCGGCACCAGCCACCCGAGCGGCCCCCACGACCGCCCGAACGCCGUCACGAACAGGCAGAUCACGAUGACCAGCAUUACCGAGUAACCUUUCGUGAGAGCCACGCCAUCUCCAAACUUGUACCCCAAGGUAACUCCCACCAUGACCAUGUAGCAGAACAUCUCGAUCCCGGCCUCGAUGAAGAGGAACCUCCUCCCGAGCUUGUCCACCACCGCCAUCGACAUGAGCGCUCCCACGACCAGCCCCGCGUUGGUAAUGAGCGAGGACAGGAUCGAGGAUCCGGACCCGAACCCCAUUGUCUGGAAGAAGACAGGGGCGUAAAACAGGAUCGAGUUGUUCCCCGUGAGCUGCUGGAACAUUGGGAUCCCGAUCGCUCCGAUCACGAGCUGCGGCCGGUUCUUCCUCUUCAGGAGGUUGCGGAAUGGGUUCUUCACCGAUCGAGCUUCCUCGCUCGCUUCCUUCAUGUCGAGAAACUCCGCUUCGAUAUUCUUGGUGCCUCGCACUCGCUCGAGGACCUCUCUGGCUUCCUUCUCCCUCCCCUGCUCCACAAGACUGUUUGGGGAUUCCGGCAUGAACACCCCGCCGAUGAACAUCAGCACCGCCGGCACGGCGGCGGAUCCCAGAGAGAUCCGCCAUCCCCAUGGGUGGAUCUUCUCCGUUCCGUAGUUGAUCAGAUUUGCAAUCAGGAUUCCGAGGCAGGUCGUCAGCUGGAACAGUUGGUUCACCGCUCCCCUGAUUUUCGCCGGCGCCAUUUCCGAUAAAUACAGCGGCACCGCCUGGUUGCUGAAUCCGAUCCCGACGCCGAGGAGGACGCGGCCGAUGAUGAGCAUGAGGAUGUUGACGGCGGCGGCGUUAAUGACGGCGCCGAGGAAGAAGCUGAUUGACCCGCAGAUGAUGCUGAUUCGUCUGCCCUUCUUUCUGGUGAUGACGGAGGCGCCGAAAGUGGAGACGAGGGCGGCGAAGUAGAGAGAGGAAGUGAAUAAGGUCAGGAUCUGGUUGUCGUAUUUACAGUAAUCGGUCUCGUGGAGAUGGGCUUGCUUUCUCCUGUAGACCGCCGGGAAGAAUUCCUUCAGGAAGUCGUCCAUGGAAGUCACCCCACCGGAAACGCCGAGAUCGACGCCGAAGAGAGAGCCGCCGAUGGCCCCGACGACGCAGGCGAAGAUGAAGUAGCCGGUGAUGUUGUACUCGUAGAGAUGGGCGCGUUUCAGGACGCCAUUGUUGGCCGCAGGUCCUCCACCCGCCAUUUCUCAGCAGAUUUCUUUGAUAUUAUGAUUUCCUCCGUUUUCACUUCCGCUCCGCCGGGAAAUGUUUGAAGAGACGACUGUGGUGCUUGCCUCUCACCGUAGCUGGCCUUUUUAAGACGAGUCAACGGCUACAGCGCUGUUUUAGUUGAAUAUAAAAUCUGCAGAAUCAAAUGGGAUUUACUUUUUUUUUUUUUAAUAUCUC